AUGCAGACUACUUCUACAAACAUUUGUGAAAGAAUGGGUCGCUCUCAGGAGCUCAGUGAAUUCAAGCGUGGUACCGUGAUAGGUUGCCACCUGUGCAAUAAGUCCAUCCGUGAAAUUUCUUUGCUACUAAAUAUUCCACAGUCACCUGUUAGUGGUAUUAUAACAAAGUGGAAGCAACUGGGAACAACAGCAACUCAGCCAGGAAGUGAGCAGGGUCAGCGCAUGCUGAAGCGCACUGUUCAUAAAAGUCACCAACUGCCUGCAGAGUCAGUAGCUAAAGACCUCCAAAAAUUGAUGUGGCCUUCAGAUUAGCACAACAACAGUGCGUCGAGAGCUUCAUGGAAUGGGUUUUCAUGGCUGA